CCUUCCACGCUGGGGCGGUUACCAACUCCAUGCAGUGCGCAGGCGCGGGAAAGUUGAACUGAAAAAAUAAAGUUUGUGCAAUUUGAAUAGAGACCGUGGCGGGGACUAAGAUACCAGCGGCGGGGCCCCGGAUCGGUCCCGCUGCUUCGGCGUCCGCUUCUCUAGGGUCCCCUGAACUCACGCCGGAGUUGGACAGUUGGAACUACAUCUCCCAGCAGGCUGCGCGGCAAAGUAAGCUCGGCUCUAGGGGACUACUUGCCACGGAGCCUGCUAGGAUUGGUAGUUCUCGAUUCUCUGGGGCUUCAGCAGCUUGGCUUGCGCCUGCAGAAGCCUAAGCCAGAAGUACAAGUUUCCAACCAUCUCCUCUGUGGAUCCAAGAAUCCAGACUCUUCCUUUCCCUGAAUAAAUCAGGCCUCAUCCCCCCGCCCCGGCACCCCAAACCCCAACUUUUCUGCUGAGUCCGGGGACUUAAAAGUGCUUUGGGAACGCCUAAGUCCACCUCUUGGUUUAGGGACUGGACGUUUGGGCGCUAAGCCUCCUCCGUGAUGAACCUUGGGUCUGUCCGUUCCCUUUGCCUCUCCCACAGGUACCUCCAUGGCAGGCUCCGAAGAACUGGGGCUCCGGGAGGAUACGCUGAAGGUCCUAGCUGCCUUUCUUAAGCGGGGCGACAGUGCCGGGUCCCCGGUUGCAACCUCGCCGAGGAUCCCUCACCAGGAGGAGCCAACAGACUUCCUGAGCCGCCUUCGAAGAUGUCUUCCUUGUCCUCUGGGGAGAGGAGCCAUUCUGCCUGAGUCCCCUCGACCUUGUUCCCUGCCCAUCCAGCCCUGCUAUGGUCCAAAGCCUGGCCCAGCCACUCCAGACUUUUAUGCCCUGGUGGCCCAGCGGUUGGAACAGCUGGUUCAGGAGCAACUAAGAUCUCCACCUAGUCCAGAGUUACAGGGUCCCCCAGCUACAGAGAAGGAGGCCCUGCUGCGGAGGCUGGUUUGCUUGCUAGAGGAGGAGGCUGAAGUAAUCAACCAGAAGCUGGCCUCUGACCCCGUACUACACCGCAAGCUGGCCCGCCUGUCCAUGGGAUCCUUCUCCCGCCUAGUGGAGCUGUUCUCCAGCAGGGAGGGCAGUCCUCACCGGACAAGCACGUCCUUGCCAUGCCCUGGGCCUCCACCACCUUCUCCGGAACCCUUGGCCCGCCUGGCCCUGGCCAUGGAGCUGAGCCGGCGCGUGGCCCGGCUAGGGGGCACCCUGGCUGGACUCAGCGUGGAACAUGUGCACAGCUUCGCACCCUGGAUACAGGCCAACGGGGGCUGGGAGGGCAUCCUGGCCACCUCACCUGUGGACUUGACCUUGCCCUUGGACUGACAUCUUCCUCAGAAGCUGCUAGAAGACUGGACCUCAGCUCCACCCUCCUUGCUUGCUGUGCCAAGCCCUCCUCUCCUUUCCACACAGGGCUGAGGGGGGCGUGGGGU